GUUUUGUGAAAACACACACACACACACACACAUAUAUAUAUAAUAGUUAUUUUUUUAGUGUAUAAAUAACACAGUAUAGAUGGAAUCAUGAAUAUCACAAGAAACAAAUUAAUCGUUUUUGGCCUUUUAACAGUAGUUGUUAUUGUGCUUGCAUUUGUUAUUGGAUAUGUGUCUAAAAGCACUGAUGGUUGUCCUGUGUGUGCCUCAAAAAAAGUUAAACGAAGUGCACAGCGGUUGAAAAUAUUUCAAGAAAUUGUUGAUGUAAUGAAAACAGAGAAUCUGAAAAGCAAUUUAAGAUUCUUUGCUCAAAAACCACACGUUGCUUCAUCGUCAAGAACAAACAUAAUAUCUAAAGAAAUCUACAGUCGGUUUGAGUCUUACGGAUUUAAACCAAAAUACCAUUCCUAUGAAACACUUCUGUCUUUUCCAAAAGCCGACCAUCCAAAUCAUGUUUAUAUUAUUAAGGAUGAUGGAACUGAGAUUUUUAAGUCCCGUCGGAUUGAGAAGAUAUUCGAAGAGAAAGAAAAUAACUCUAACUCGUUACCACCGUUUUUAGCCUAUGGUCCAAGUGGAAGUGUUGAGGGUGAUAUUGUUUAUGUUAACUAUGGUCGAGAUAUAGAUUAUAAUUUCCUGCAAGAAGAGCAUGGUACAAAUUUUACUGGUAAAAUAGCGCUUGUGAAAUAUGGAAAAAGUGGAAGGGGAGCAAAGGUUAGUAUUGCUGCUAAAAGAGGUAUUCUAGGUGUUCUUAUAUACGGUGAUCCAAAGGACUAUGCACCAAGUACCAAAUUUCCCAAUGGCAGGUGGCUUUCUGAUGAUGGGGUUCAACGCGGGUCAAUUGUAGGUUAUGGUAAAGAACCUGUUGAUGGUGAUUUAUUAACGAAAGGAUAUCCUGCUAAAGCUGAAUAUUAUCAUGAAAAAAAAUCAGACACUAGAGCAUUGCCUACUAUUCUUGCACAACCCAUAUCUUCUCUUGAUGCAACAGAAUUGUUGAGACGUAUGGGAGGAGCAGUAGUCCCGGACAGCUGGAAAGGUGGACUUAAUGUGACGUAUAAAAUUGGACCGUUUGCAAAUACUACAUUAAAAGCUAAGUUGGUCGUGACAAACGAGUUAGUCAUAAAGAAAAUUCGUAACGUGUGUGGCACCAUCUAUGGCAGUGUUGAACCAGAUCGGUACGUUCUUCUUGGUAAUCAUAUCGAUGCGUGGGUGUUUGGUGCGGUUGAUGCGUCAAGCGGCACCACAGUAAUGAUGGAGAUAGCAAGAGCGUUAGGUGAACAAAUGAAAAACAAAGGAUGGCGUCCUCGCAGAACAAUCAAAAUGUGUGGAUGGGAUGGGGAGGAGUUUAAUCUGAUUGGUUCUUGCGAAUAUGUUGAAGAGUUUCGCAAUGAAUUGCGGGAUAGGGCUGUAGCGUAUAUAAACAUAGACUCUGCUGUGGCAGGAAAUUAUUCGUUGCGUACGCAAGCUAGUCCAUUGCUGCACGAACUUAUCUACAAAGUCAACAAGUUGGUUCCAGAUCCAUACCUCGAUAUGAGCGUGUUUGACAAAGCUGUCCGCGCUUACGAAGAUAAAAACGAACCUUCUCUACAUAGAAUAUACAGUCUUGGUGCGGGCAGUGAUUACUAUGCUUUUUAUCAAUUUAUGGGGAUACCUUCCAUUGAUUAUGGAUAUAGACAAGCUGAUCUUGACAAGAAGUACGGCACUUCGUACUAUCCCAUGUAUCACACCCUGCACGAUACCAUAUAUUGGAUGGAAAACUUUGUUGAUAAGGAGUACAAGAUUCAUCUUACUGUUGCUAAGGUGGCUGCCUACUGCCUCCUUCACCUGGCAGAUUCACCUUUGCUGCCUCUAAAUGCACAGAGGUAUGCGACUAGUUUGAAUAAAAGUAUCGCGGAUCUCACAGAAUUUCUCUUCCUAAAAGGAAUUGAAAAAGAGGGAGUGAGCACAGAAAUAUUAACCAACUCAGUGGCAAAAUUUAAAGACGCUGUUGGAAAUUUAACACAAAAGCUGAAAGAUUUUGACGUUGAUGAGGAUGAUUUAAAAUUGCGCAUACUGAACGACAAGUUGAUGCAGUUGGAGAAAGGAUUUACCUACCCUGUAGGGUUACCUGGUCGUUCGCAGGUUAAAAAUUACAUAAUGGCACCCUCACAAGGCAGUGUCAAUUAUGAUGUACCUUUACCCGCCAUUUCUGAUUUACUACCCACGUUAAAUGAAACAAAGGCCUGGGACCAAGUGAAGAAACAAAUUUCGAUUACCGCGUAUUUAAUCGAAUCUGUAGCAGACUCCAUUAUGGAAACAUUGGUGUAAAUUUGAAGACGAUGUUAUUAAUGUUGUAAAUAUGUUUUUGUUAGACUUUGACAAUGUUGUAACACUUUUUUAUAAACCACAUUUUAUAUGCUCAAAUGCUUUAAAAAGGGAAGCAAGUUGUCAGCAACAUCCCAGCCUGAAAGUGAGUGCAUAAAAAGGAGUACAUGUGUAUUAAAAGAAAGCAGUGCAAGACUCUAGUACCGCAAUUUCUUAAUUUUUUAGUGCUAAAAGUUUUCUAUUUGGUUUCUUAAACUUAUACAUAUAUCGAUUGAAAUUAAUAUCGACUUGUACGUUGUUUAAUCACGCAUGCGUAUGUACAAAGAGUUCAGAAAGAAAUAUUUCAUAAAAAAAUUACUUUUAUUAGUUUCAUAAUUUUUUGAAGCCUAAAAAAUCCAGUAGUGGACGUUUCUUGUAUUUUAGGAAGCUCCAGCCUCUAGUUUUAUAAACGGAUUUCUUUUGAAAAAAUACGGGUAAAGGGAAGAAUAAAGAUUAUAAGAAUAUUAAUUUCAAAGGAAAAAACUGAAGUUUGAUUGCGAUAUUUUGUGUUGCUUAUAAAACAAUGUGUAUUUUUUUUGUGAUUUUUUAUAGACUUGACACAUUAUUGUAGAUUUUGUAGUAGAAAAUAUUUUUUGAUAUUGUUAGAAGUAGAUUUUUUAAUUGUAAACCUUGUAAACAUUUUUUAAUUAGAGAGAUUUAUAAUUACUGUGAAA